AUGACUUACCUCGAUCGCGACGCCUUUGCCACGAGCCGGUCGCUUCGCAUGGAUAAUACCGUUAUCUUCGAAGUCCUUAACACUAUCAGAGCACUGCUUGCGUUUGUGCGAGGUGAUGAGCGCAUACGCGGUCGGAUCGUCGACAGCGUUAGCUGUGGCGCCAAGGUUCACGAUUUCUUUUGGGUGUCGCUUGAUUCAUUCCGUGCAAGCGUUUCCGACACGGAACGAUCGUCCUUCAUUCAUGCCUCGACCAUGGACGCAUGGUAUGAUGCUUUGCGUGAACCAUUCAGUAUGUCUGUCACCGAAGCUCGCCACCUCUACAAUAAGCUUGAGUACACGCUGUUCGACGUUUAUGAUAAACAAGACCCAGACGAGUUCCUUCAAAAAGCUGUUGUUUACGGCCAGGAAGUGCGCGAAGCGACUACAGAGCAGGCUCAAGCGCAAGCCGCCUAUAACAAGCUUUCUGCUGUCUUCCAGUGGUACGAUGUAGGAAUCAAAAGUCCAUAUAGAGAUUGUAAAAUUUUGUUUGACCUUCUGUCAGCUAAAAUCGGGUACCUCGCAUACCUACUAGGCCCGGAAUUGGAUUAUCGGAACCUUACCUUCAUGGCUAUUGAGAACUGA